AUGCUGAAAGUUGAGAAAAGUCUUUGGCCUCUGACUGUCUGGAUGAGAAUCUUUGGAUUUCACAUGGGUCCCAGAAAGAAACGGGCAAAUGCUAGUCGCUACUCACGUUGUUUAUUAGCAGCUGGUUCUCUCAUGGUCUUGUCUACGAUCGGACUUCAUUUCACGUCGUUUGUUCUCGAAAUCUUGAGAUUGAGGGUCAAUGGAAUCGGACCGAACGGCACCAACGUGACCACUGCCAAUCUACUCAACACCGGCAUCGAGCAUUUGAACAACACCUGGCUGUUCAUCGGAGUCCACGUUUCUUUCUUCUUCGUUUCACUCACCGCCAACUGGAAGACGUUGUGGAACUCUUUGCUCAUGAUGGAAAAGAAUCUCAAAUUCAAUUCAGAUUUCCAUCGCAAAUGCAGGAAGAGUGUCUCCGUUGGAUUCGCCCUUCUUUUAAUCGAUUGCAUCAGCCAUUUACUGGUGUCCAUCCGAUCGUUUUACUGGGACAUGGGCAAACUGAGACCGUUGGCCAUUAUCUUGUCCAACAUUUCCAGGAUGACCAUCGCCAGCGUGUUCUUGCUCUUCUGCGUCCUGGCCAGGGUCAUCACGCUCGUCUUCCGGGGACUUAACGAGCAAAUAACUCAUUUAACCGAAGCCGAAACAUUGUUGCCCUUCUUCUUGUCUAGCAGGGUUUUGAAUGUUCGUUUAGAGAAAUGGCGGAGGAACCACACGUUGGCGUGUGAAUUGGUCGACAUGGUCAACAAGUGUUUCGGUCUGGUCAUGCUCGUCACGAUAGUCAACGUUUUCGUGAGCUUCGUGACCACGUCGUUCGAAAUCGUCAGUUCGGUGGGCAAUAACGAAACGUUACCUUUUCUAUUGAUUUUCAUUUUUAUCAAGAAAUCAAUUCUGCUCGCCAUCACGUUCCACGAAUCGUUCCGUUUGCAAUCAGAGGCUGGCAAAACUGCUGCCUUCCUUCGGAAGCUCCAUCCUUUUACAGCUGAUCUUUUGACUCAAAUCAAAGUGAAUACGGUGGUGAUGGAGGUAACUCACGCCAGCCCUAAAAUUACGGCCAUGGAAUUCUUCGACGUCAACAUUAGACUUUUACCGACGUUGAUUGGAAGCACGUUGACGUACGUCGCGAUCCUACACCAAGUUGCAGCGCAUUCGAAGUGAUUGCUUU